CAUUCCCAGCAGCCCCACCAAGGCCUUGCUGGGAAGGACACCACAGCCCCCGUGCCAGAACCAGCUGGGAUGCUCAGUCCCCACAGAUGACGGUGCCUCAGUUUCCCCUCAGGAUGCUUCAGGGCGGGGGAUCCCAGCACGCGUGGAGGACCAUCAGCAGCUCCACACCAUGGCUGUGCCACCCCGACUGCUGCCCCCGGCAUGUGGCGGCUCCGGCGCCGUGGUGGGGGGUGGCUCUGGGGUGGCUGGAGCCCAUCCCAGCCCUGCCGCCGCACGCAAGCUGGAAAACAUAAUUCAGAGCCGUCGCAGACAGCAGCUGCCUGAGCGUCCCAGGGCCAGGCAUCCAGCAGGAGAAGAUGUCGGACAGGAGUGUGUGGGUACUGGCACUGGCACUGGCGCUGGCACUGCCCUGUGCUGGGCAGCAGUACCGGGAAGAGGCUGAGCGCAUCAUGACCACCACGCCAGUCAUCGACGGGCACAACGACCUGCCCUGGCAGCUCCUCAAGAGGUUCAACAACCAGCUGAGGGUGUCAGCAGCCAACCUGACACUGCUGAACGACACCCACACCAACAUCCCCAAACUACGCCGCGGACACGUGGGCGGGCAGUUCUGGUCCGUGUACGUACCCUGUGAGACGCAGAACAGGGACGCGGUGAAGCGCACGCUGGAGCAGAUCGAUGUGGUGCAGCGCAUGUGCGACCUGUACCCAGAGACCUUCGAGUGCGUCACCGACAGUGCUGGCAUCCGGAAUGCAUUCCUGAGCGGGAAGGUGGCCAGUCUCAUGGGGGUGGAGGGCGGCCACUCCAUCGACAGCAGCCUGGGCGUCCUGCGCACCUUCUACCGCCUGGGCGUGCGCUACAUGACCCUCACCCACAACUGCAACACUCCCUGGGCUGACAACUGGUUGGUGGACACCAAGGAGGAAAAGCCGGUGCACCAUGGCCUCUCAGCCUUUGGGAAGACGGUGGUGGAGGAGAUGAACCGCCUGGGCAUGAUUGUGGACCUGGCCCACGUCUCGGUGGAUACGAUGAAGGUUGUGCUGAACAUCUCCAAAGCCCCCGUCAUCUUCAGCCACUCGUCUGCCUACGCCCUCUGUGCUCACCGCCGCAACGUGCCCGACGAUGUGCUGCAGCUGGUGGCCUCCACGGGCAGCCUGGUGAUGGUCAACUUCUACAAUGACUACGUGACCUGCAAGAACACAGCCACACUGGCUGAUGUUGCAAACCACAUGGACUACGUGAAGAAGGUGGCCGGGGCCCAGUCUGUUGGCUUUGGUGGGGACUACGAUGGGGUCACACGGCUCCCCACUGGCCUGGAGGAUGUCUCCACCUAUCCUGCACUGGUGGCCGAGCUGCUGGCAAGGAAUUGGACAGAGCAGGAGGUGAAGUUGGCCCUGGCUGAGAACCUGCUCCGGGUCUUCAGCAAGGUGGAGGAGGUGAAGGGGACCCUGCAGGGCACACCUGCCCACGAGACACCCAUCGCCUCCGAGGAGCUGGACGGGACGUGCAGGACCAGCUACGGGUACUCCAAUGGCUCCGGCACAGCCCGGCUCCUGCCCGCAGCCCUGGCACUGCCGCUGGCACUGGCCCUGCGCCUCUCCCUGCUCUCUUAACAUCCAGCUGCCACCGUGGCCCUGCCGCCCUGCCACCCUGCCCGGGGGCUGCCGGGUUGGGCACAAUCCUGCAGCCCUUCCUGCCGGAACCAUCCGCACAAUAAACCCGUGGCUCGAGCA